CUCUCUUAAUUUCAUGGCAUCAUCAUCCAACACCGUCAAAAUACAGGAGGUUUUUCUAGUUACUCCUUCCUCCGACUCAACCUCCGAGUUUUCUCUCCCUUUAACAUUAUACGACACGUUUUGGUUUAAUUUUCCUCCUGUUGAACGCCUUUACUUCUACCAAAUCACUGACUUAACCCCUCAUUUCUUCAACUCAGUUAUCUUCCCCAAGCUCAAGCACACUCUCUCUCUCACUCUCCUCCACUACCUCCCUCUUUCUGGGAACCUUAUCUGGCCCCCAGAUGCCCCAAAGCCGUACAUCUACUACUCCCCAAACGAUGGCGUUGCGGUCACUGUUGCAGAAUCUACCGCCGACUUCAAUUCGCUUUCUGGUAAUGGAGUUCAUGAAGUUGUGGAACUUCAUCCUUUAAUCCCUCAGCUCUUGACAUCUGAUGACAAAGCAGCGAUGAUUGCUAUACAAAUAACUUUGUUUCCAAGUCAAGGGUUUUCCAUCGGCAUCACAACUCACCAUGCCAUAUUUGAUGGGAAAAGUUCAACCACGUUUAUCAAGUCAUGGGCUUAUCUAUGCAAACAAGGUAAAGAUCAAGAAGAAAAUCCUUCUUUGUUACCAGAACUAAUCCCGUCUUUUGACCGAACUGUCAUCAAAGAUCCCACUGGUAUCGACAUGGAGUACGUGAACAACUGGUUGGCUUAUAUCAACACACGAAGCUUGAAGGUUUUGCCAAACAUAGCACCGAAUACCGAUUGGGUUCGAGCCACAUUUGAGUUGACCCGUGAAGAUAUCACGAAAAUAAGGAAUCAGGUAUUGUUUAUAUUGAAUAAAGAUAAUGAAAAGGAGGAGGAUAAAACACCAAAACAACUUCAUUUAUCAACUUUUUUGUUAACGUUGGCAUAUGUAUUCGUCUGCAUGGUUAAAUCUAGAAGAGGGGAAGACAACAGAAGUGUUAUUUUCGCAUUCACAGCAGAUUACAGGACUCGUUUAGACCCUCCAGUUCCAUUGAAUUAUGUUGGCAAUUGCGUUAUGCCACUUCUAUGCACUGCAACAGUAAGAGACUUGACAGAAGAAAACGGGGUUGCCUUUGUUACAGAGAAAUUAAGCCAUGUAGUCAAAGCGUUAGAAAGGGGAGAACUUGAAGGAAGAAAAGACACACUUUCAAGGAUGUUGAUUGCACUUAAAUCCAUGUCUGAAGGAGUACAAGCCCUUUCGGUAGCCGGGUCGACCCAUUUUGACGUAUACGCGUCAGAUUUCGGGUGGGGGGGACCGAAGAAGGUAGAGAUUGUAUCAAUAGAUAGGAGUGGAGCUAUUGCUUUGGCCAAGAGUAGAGAUAGAAGCGGUGGUGUUGAGAUUGGUGUGGCUUUGAAGAAGCAAGAAAUGGAAGUUUUUUCUGCUCUAUUUGUCGGUGGGCUAAAAGAUAACAUAUAAGGUUUGCAUUAUUUUUAUCUUAAAUCGUUUUGGAUUCUCUGCAGUCAACUUCUUCUUAUUUUAUAUGUAUUUGUUUUCCCGAUUGCCGGAGAUUUUGGAGCUUCAUUUUCCCUUUGUAUUAUAAUUAAUCUCCUCUUAU